AUGAAGCGACCUGCCAUUGUGGGGUCUGCAGGUCGCGUGGUGCAGGACCGGGAACACAGUGGCGGCGGGGUGCGGACCGUGGCGGCCGGGGGCGGCCAGGUAGCGCCGGGGACGCGACCGGAGGCGGCCGGAGUAGGCCGGGCGCGGCCGGGCGCCGGGGGCGUGCCGGGGCAGGGAUGGGUGCGCUGGGUGGCGGCGCUGGGGCCCGGGCCGGGGCCGGGGGCGAGCGACGAGGCGGCCGUGUUCGGGCAGUACGUGGCGGAGAAGCUGCGCGGCUACUCGCGACGCACGCGCGCGGUGGUGGAGCACCUGGUGAGCAACGUGCUCUUCGAGGCCGACAUGGGCAAGCACGACGCGCCGCCACAGCUCCUUGCGCAGGAGCGGGCGGCGGGCGGGCACCGCCUGCGGGGGGGCUGCGGCAGCCCCCCGCUCGUCGUCACCUACUCCGCGCCCUCGCCCUCGCCCUUGGGCUCGCCCUCUCGCGGCCCCCUGGACGAGGACGACGAGGACGGCGGCGAGGGCGACGCCGAGGACGGCGGCGCCGCCGUGAAGCUGGAGCCGGAGCUGGACGGCGACUUCGACGACGAGCGAGGCGGCUUGUGA